ACAAGAUGAACAACUGGUGGGCACAGACGUUAGGGGAUCCGGUAAAAAGUUAUUUCAUUCCCCUUACCGCGCCAACACCCGCGUCGUCCAUUAGGGAAACGACGAUCAGCGCCUCUAGCGAGUAAACCACUGAAACUAUUACUUCCCCUUGCCGCGCAAACACCCGCGUCAUCUAGUAGCCGCCAGUCGGAAAACGACGAUCAGCGCUUCUACAGGUACCGUUUGGAAAAACUUUUCACGAAAUUUUACGUGAUUCCCCUUACCGCUGUGACCUGCAGUUGUUCAUCUUGUAGUUCCAGUGUCUAUAACCGAACCCGUAGGGGUACCAAAUACCUACGUGGUACAUCUACAUGUACGAUACGUGAAACGAAAGUCGAAAAUUGUGGGUUUGUGAUGUGCCCCGAACGGCUCGAAUGAUCGUUGCUCGUUACUACUCGUUACAAGUCGAUACUUCGAUAGUGUUUGUUUGUUGAUUGAGUUGGAUUUUUAUUUCUCAUGUUUUGUUGUUGUUUCGCGUGAUGAGAAUUUUGUGCGAAUAAUUUGAGUUUGGUUUGCGUAAUGUGCAUUUGUGUCUUUAAACAGCUAAUUAGUUAUACAUACUGUAUUUCUUAAUGAAUUGAUAAGUUCACCAUUGGGUUUUCAUUCGCAGUUGUUUUUGAAAAUUGGCGAAACUCAAAAUGGAAUUCGACCAUUCGCAAGAAUCCUUUCCAGAUUUUCAUUUCAUUCCACGGACUCUGCAGGAUAUAGCUGCAUCAAAAUACGCGUUCAUUAGUUGGUGUAAUUCCAGCGACCUUCCGCACAUCCCGGCGAGUAUUCGGUCGAUGAUCAAGGAUAAGAUCCAAUCAAUUAGUAAAGAGAUCAAAAAUUGGAUUGACAAUUCUAGAAUGUUCAUAAAGGAUAAACUACCUCGUGAAGUUAUGAUCAACUGUGUAGCUUUUGACUCAGCUGGCGGUAUUUGCUCUAGAAGAACAGUGAAAAAUUUACUGAUGUUGAAUUUGCCGGAAUUCAAUUUAGAGAGACAGUUUCAGAUCGCUUGUUCGUAUUGCAUCGAGGAAGAGGUUGAACGUUUGUGGCCGUCGGUAAAAGAUUAUGAGCGAUUCCGUAAAUGCCAUUUUAGCGUCCCUGAUCAUUAUCAACACGUCGAUUUGAUGAACUAUUGGUGUUCACGCAUGAGAGGCGAAUUAAAGAAAUUCUAUGGACCAGAACAAAAAUCGCCCGAAUGGUGUGCGCUUUACGAGCUGCUUUGUGACGUUGAGUUUUAUGUAAGAAACUGGUUAGAAAUCGAGUACUUUUGGAGUAAGUUGAACACACAAGAAAAAAGUUCUCUCAUAGACAAAAUUUGGAUGGAGCAAGAAGAAUUUUACUUCGAAGACGAAACUUGGUUGAGGCAAGCUCCUACAAAACACACAUCUCGUUUAAUAAUAAUGUACUCGAAUGAUAUGGUGCUGAAAAAUUUUGUGAGAUCAAAAUGGUUUCUAUUUAUUGUAUAUUUUGCCAUAGAUGAUGUCUAUUGUCAAUAUGCUUUACAACUUUGGAACUACGACAAGAGUUCAAUCGUUGAGGGUACCACCUUCUUGUAUGAAAUUUUAUUGCCUUUAUCGAAAGUGGCAUAUAAGUGUGAAUAUUCGAGGUAUGCAGCGAUCAUACUCAAAGAAAUAUGGCUUUCUGCUGCGGAUCAUUUGAAAGAUUACGUUUCUUCGAACGAGGACGACGAUAAUGUUGAGAACUUGUUCAAAGAAUGUUUAGAUAAUGCGUAUGGUCCCCCUUUUGGUCGCGAUUUUGGUUUUUUGAUCGAACUACUAAAAGAUGCUGACUAUGGAAUCGGGCAAAAAAUGUGGCGCAAUUGGUGGCCAACUUUGAUUCGUCUCGCCAAGACCUCAGAUCUGUGUGAAUUGAUGCCGUUGUGUUUUAACAAUGUAAACGAUGUUGUCAAGUUUAAAACAAACGAAAUGUUGAAUUACGGAUUAAUGCGACAUACUUUCGAGGAUUUCUUGGAAUCGGAAUUGUUCGAAGAGCUUUCUGAGUACCUGAUGUUUUGUUGUUCGGAUGCUGACGACGAUAAACAUGCGCGUAUUGUAAGAACGAGAAUAAUUAGUCGAAACUUGAGCUGGAUCAUAGUGCGUAAGUCUGAUCUCGCUUUAAGUAAAUGUUUUCAAUUUUUUGAUGGUUGUUUUACAUUGGAAGAAGCAGCCGAAUUGCUGGAAUGUCACCUUCCAGAUAAAGAGACCGGUCUGUUGUCAUUUUGGAUUUCAUUCAGCUGUUUUGAAACAUUCGACAGAUUACUGCGUUGUUUGAAGUUUUCUGAUCAACGAUUGAUGGAAUUGAAGCGGUUUUUCAAGGAAAGAUGUCGGCAGGUUUUGACGCUCGGUAAUUUCAAAUCAUUAUCCGUGGACGAUUGGGAUAACUUUCUGAAAUGGUGUGACUUCAGUCCGAAAGAAUUAUCUGAAUUGAGAUGUAACAUUCGGAUGGAUAAUCUGCUCGAAAAUUUUCUGAUCAACAUGUACAAGUUUUGGGUGGCGAGGCGGGACAGUCGUGAUUCUUUUGUCGCUGUGUGUUUUGAAGGGAUUGGUUUUUGUUCGAUCGAUGGAUUUUUACUUUGGUAUUUUGGAAGUGAACAAGCCGCGCAGGAGUACAAAUCGCGUAAAAGGAAUGAUCACCGGAAUAGCGAGGCGAUGAAAUUGUUUUUGAAAUCAGAUAAAAAGGUUCGAUUAUAUUUUGAUAGUUGGUUUUUUAGACAAUUGUAGUUCGUAAGCUGUCUCGUCUGACAAUUAUUUUGAUGAAGUACUGUACGGGGCAUAUCUAUUUGUAAAAUAACUUGAAAGUAAAAUAUAAGUGUCGUAAAUGUGUAGCUACAUUUUUUUUUAUCGUUCAAUAAGAUUGUUAAUUUUCAGAUCAUUUUUUAGUAUGUACCUAGAAUUUUCUUUGUGUUUUCUUGAAAAUAUUGAAUUUUUUAAAAGAAAUAAAUUCGAUCAAUUUUUGUAAUUUUUUAUGAGUAACGUAUUUUGUUUGUUUGUUUUUUUCAAUUAUUUUAAAAAAAUCUGCAAUAUUUGAAUUGAUCAUUUUAAUUUUACGCAAUUUGAAUCCAUUUAUUUGUAUGCUUAUAUUUUCAUUUUGUUAUUAAUUAUUUUUCGUAGGCUGCCUACACUAUUCAUUACCGCGAUUUAUUGCAUUUCUUGGCAAAUUUAUAAAUCUCAAUGUUUUCAAAACCUUGCCUAAAAGUUACGUCACGUUUCUUGCUAAGAAUUCUAAAAAGUCUUUUUUCCAGAAAAAAAAAACCGAAAAGUCUCGCUUUUUUGAUUGGAUUGUCAAAGAUAACCAAACAUAGAAAAAAGUUAUGCUUUAUGGACAAAAAUUGCCAAAAAGUCUUGUUUUUUUGAAAAAAAUUGAUAACAUAUCGCUCUCGAACGAAAUUGUUGUAAAAUAAUACUUCUUUCCUAAAAAAUUCAGUAUCCAAAGUUGACCUUUUUUGCUAAAAAUCACCUAAACAUUCCGCUUUUCACCGAAAUUUUCCAAAAAGUAUCACUUUCUAACAAUAAUUCCCAAAAAGUGCUGCUUUUUGCAAAAAUUGUAGCAAGUAUAGCAUUGCCAAAAAUUCUCUUUUUUUUAAAAUUGCAAAAAAUUUUAAAAAGUUGCUUUUUUACAAAAAAUUGUUCCAACGUGUAAUUUUUUCACCUGAAAUAUUGCUGAGAAGCCUUUUCUUUAUCUGAAUGUCAGGAGUUUCGCUUUUU